AUGGCCCCGUGCGGCCUCCUGAUGCGCGAGGCCUCUCGAGCUCCUGAGCUCGAGCAGGGCUCGCGUGGCCUGGGGCAGGUGUCUGCUCGGCCGCAGGAUGCGAGCGCUCUCCUGGUGCUGGGGCCGGGCCGGCUGCGGCAGGAGCUGGCAGCGCUUCCCUGGAGCCGCUUCCGAGGGGCCGCCGGCUCCGCGGGCGGCAGCGGGCACUGCGGGCAGCACGCGCGCUGGCCCCCCGCCUGUAACCUGGGCUCCAAGGGUGUGGGCGCGGGCAGCCAUGGCAGCAAGGCCACCCAGAUCUCCCCUGGCAACUCUGGACUGAAAAACAGCCAGAACGCUGUCCCCAACUUCGGGUCCUUGAAGGGCAAAGUGAAACGGGAACGAAGCAUCUCAGUGGACUCAGGAGAACAGCGAGAAGCCAGCACCCCUUCGCUGGACGCGGAAUCGAAAGGCGAGGUGGCUCCGCGGAGCAAGCGGCGGUGCGUGCUGGAGAGGAAGCAGCCGUACAGCGGGGAUGAAUGGUGCUCGGGGCCGGACAGCGAGGAAGACGACAAGCCUCUGAGCAGCGCNNCAGAUUGUAAUGUAGCAGAUCCUGCAAUGUCCACGGCCUCGCAGCUUGGUCCAGGGUCCAACCCACUGCCCACCCUGAACGAGACCAGUUCUUCCAGCGCACCUCACGGCGCUGCGCCAGGCUUACGGCCGGACGGUGCCGCAGGCGGAGGCGGCGGAGCAGGGAAGCAGCCCUCGCAGUUUGUUUACGUCUUCACCACGCACCUUGCUAACACAGCUGCAGAAGCUGUCCUGCAGGGCCGAGCUGACUCCAUUCUGGCCUAUCAUCAGCAGAAUGUCCCACGGGCGAAGCUAGACCAGGCGCCGGCUCCUAAAGUGCUGGGGGUGGCCGAGCAGCUGCCGAUCAACCCGCCCGCUGCCAACACUCCGCCGCCGCAGCCGCCCGCGGGCAAAGGGGCCGCCGAGGAUGUCCGCAGGGAUCUGACUCCCAACUCUCUGGGGAACAGCAGCAGCAGCAGCCAGCCGGGAAGCAACCACCCCAAUGCCCCCACGGCCUCUGGCAACGCCAUGCAGCCUGGGCAAGCGGAGUCUCCCGCCGCUUCCAGCUCUGGCCUCCUGGGGGAAGGCCCAGGCUCCGGAAUGCCGGGCAAUGGGCCGGCGGGCCUGGGCUCCAGAAACCCCAUGAACUCGGAAGGGCUCUCUAAGGAGCAGCUGGAGCACCGGGAGCCCCCCCCGGGCGGCCCUGCCCCUCCGCCGCAGGCUGCCCCCGCGCAGCCCCCCGCGCCCCCCACCAGCAUGAAGAAGUACGAAGAGCCGCUGCAGUCCAUGAUUUCGCAGACACAGAGCCUGGGUGGCCCCGGUCUGGACCACGACAUCCCUCAUCACCCCAGCGCUGACAUGGGGCAGCAGAUGAGCCUGAUGAUGCAGAGGCUGAACCAGGACAGCCUGACCCCGGAGCAGGUGGCCUGGAGGAAGUUGCAGGAGGAAUACUACGAGGAGAAGCGGCGCAAAGAGGAGCAGAUCAGCAUCCACGGCCGGCCCAUGCAGGACAUCAUGAUCCCGCAGUCUAUGGGAGGCAUGAUGAUGCGCGGGCCCCCGCCGCCGUACCACAGCAAGCCUGGAGAGCAGUGGCCACCCGGCAUGGGCGGCCAGCUGCGAGGACCCAUAGAUGUGCAGGACCCUAUGCAGCUGAGAGGGGGGCCGCCCUUUCCCGGGCCACGAUUCCCUGGCAAUCAAAUGCAGAGAGUCUCCGGCUUUGGGGGGAUGCAGAAUAUGCCCUUGGAGGCUCUCGGGCCCAUGAACGCCAUGCAGAGGCCAGUGCGGCCUGGCAUGGGCUGGAGCGACGACAUGCCUCCCAUGGGAGGCCCCGGCAACUUCCCGCAGGGCACCCUGCCCUACCCGUCAGGGCAAGGCGACCCCGAGAGGUUCAUGAAUCCGCGCGCCAGAGAGGAGAUCCUGCGGCACCAGCUGAUGGAGAAACGCCCGGUGGCGAUGCAGAGGCCCAUGGGGAUGUCCGGCAACUCCAUGAGCCAGGGCAUGGAAAUGGAGAGGAUGAUGCAGGCUCACAGGCAAAUGGAUCCAUCCAUGUUCGCCGGGCAGAUCGCGGGGGACAACGUGGGCAGCGCCCCGAUGGGGAUGGAGUUUGCGGGCACCCGGGGCAUGCUGAGCCCCCCUAUGAGCCAGUCAGGCCUUCGGGACAUGGACGCCCCCAUGGGCCCCAGCAACCUCAACAUGAACAUGAAUGUUAACAUGAAUAUGAACAUGAACCUCAAUGUCCAGAUGACCCCGCAGCAGCAGAUGAUGAUGUCGCAGAAGAUGAGGGGCCCCGACAUGAUGGCCCACCAGGGCAUGAGCCCCGAGGAGCUGGCCAGGGCAAGGGCUCAGAACGGCAACGGCAGCGCCAUGCUGGCGGGGCCCCAGAAAAUGAUGAUUCCCUCGCAGUUCCCCAACCAAGGGCAGCAGGGCUUCUCGAGCGGCCAGGGACCCUACCCCAACAUGCCCCAGGAGAUGGGCAGCGCCCCGGACACGUUCAUCCCCUCGCAGAGCGGCAUCCCCGCGCAAGGGGGCAACCUGGCCAACGUGCAUCCGGCGCCUUCCCGGGGCCUGGGCCGCCGCCCUUCGGACCUCACCAUCAACAUCAGCCAGAUGAACUCCCCCAGCAUGGGCCACCUCAAGUCGCCCACGCUCAGCCAGGUGCACUCGCCGCUCGUCACCUCCCCUUCUGCCAACCUCAAGUCCCCGCAGACGCCCUCGCAGAUGGUCAGCAUGCCUCCCUCGAACCAGUCCGGGCCCCUGAAGUCCCCCCAGGUGAUGAGCUCCUCGCUCAGCGUCCGCUCUCCCACUGGCUCCCCAAGCCGCCUGAAGUCUCCCCCCAUGGCUGUUCCUUCCCCGGGCUGGGUGCCAUCUCCCAAAGCCACCAUGCCCAGCCCCGGCGUCAACCAGAGCAAGCAAAGCCUCAGCAUGAACUCGUCCGCUUCCAUGGGAGGACUGGAUCCGGGUUCUCUCCCUUCUGGGCCUAGGAGCAGUUCUUCCGCACCAGCCAGUAACACCUCUAGCACCAUGAAUCCCAAUAUGCCUUUUACUUCCUCUCCAGAUCCAUCCCCCUCCCAGAACCCCCUCUCGCUGAUGAUGUCCCAGAUGUCCAAGUAUGCCAUGCCCAGCUCCACACCACUUUACCACAAUGCCAUCAAAACUAUCGCCACCUCUGAUGACGAGCUGCUGCCAGACAGGCCUCUGCUCCCGCCUGGAAGUAUGUCAGGCGUGACGGGGAACCAGCCGAAUCAACUGCACUUGAACUCCGUGGGGCCCGGCUCCUCUCAGAGCCCCAUGGGGAUGAACCUGCCCGGUCAGCAACCUCUCUCCCACGAACCGCCCCCCACGUCCAUGAUGUCGUCCCCGAACCCGCUGGGCUCCAACAUUCCUAUGCACCCUAGUGCACCAGGGGCGGGUGUGCCCCCCCAGAACGCCAUGAUGCUGCCCCCGGGGCCCCAGGACUCGUUGAACCAGCCGUGCGGCCCCGUGCCCAACAGCUCCCAGAUGAUUCCUUCCAACCAGCUCGUGUUCCCCCGCAUGCAGCAGCCCCACAGUGCCAUGCAGUCUCCAGCGGGCGGCAUGCCCAUGGCCCCGGGAGGGGCAGGCGGCCCCGGCAUGCAGCAGCAUUACCCGCCAGGAAAGCCCCUGCCUCCCUCCCAGCAGCCCGGCCAGAUGCCCCCUCAGCAGCACAUGAUGGGCAAGAACGUCCCGCCGCGGAUCGGAGAGCCCUAUCCCGCCGUGCUUCCCGGGGUGGCCUCCGUGCUGAACGACCCUGAGCUCAGUGAGGUGAUUCGCCCCACGCCUACCGGCAUCCCCGAGUUUGACCUGUCCAGGAUCAUCCCGUCGGAGAAGCCGAGCAGCACCUUGCAGUAUUUCCCCAAGAGCGACAGCCAAGCGCCCAAAUCUCAGCCUUCCAACCUCCACCUCAUGAACCUGCAGAACAUGAUGGCUGAGCAGCCCCCUGUGCGGCCAGGUAUGAGCGCCCCGAGCCUUCCCGGGCAGCAGGGUGUGCAGAGGGGCCUGGGCAUGCCCAUGUGCCACCCCGGACAAGUGCCCAUGCUGGCGAGGACAGGCAUGCCGCCCCAGCAGGGCAUGAUGGGCAACAGCAUGCACCAGGGCAUGAUGUCUCCGCAGCAGAGCCUGAUGGCCCAGCAGAAUUUCAUGCUGAUGCAGGCCAAGCAGAGGAGCAUGUCGGUGUCGGGGGAGAUGUACGCCCAGCCCGGACACAUGAUGUCACCUCAGGGCUCUCUCAUGGGCCCCCCGCCGCAGCAGAACCUCAUGGUCACGCACCAGAUGAGGCAGAGGAGUGUCUCCCUGGACAGCCAAAUGAGUUACAUCCCCGGGCCCGGGAACAUGGCCAACCUGCCCUUCUGACCGGGGCUGGCGCGCGGGGUGGCGAGGGGCAGGCUCUGAUUGUACAAACUUUUCUAAACCUUUCUUUGGGGGAGGGUUGGGGGCCAACGCCAGUGGAGGAUGCCGAGGCGGACGUGUUUCAUAUGGGAUUUGCCUCUCUACAGAAAACCAGACGUGCAGUAAACUUGAUGUGAAUUGGGUUUCUUUUUCCUUUCUUUGUGGGGAGGAAGGGGUGGAGGGACGGGGAAUUGGGCUGUUAAUUUCCAAACCUGAAGUGGUGACCAGGGACUUCCAGACCCUGUGGCAGUUUGUAAAGGUU